GAAGCUUGCAGAUCUGAUUCUCAAGGGUCUUUGUGCCAUGGAUGAAAAUGGGAUCAUUACUUUUGAUCCUCUGCACACGUCACUGACUCCCACCUCCAGCUGAUCCACGGGUUAUAAGUACCUAUGAAUCGUCUUGCAGAUUGUAGGCAAGAUUACCUACAAGGGCCAGCCAAAGCCAAGCUCCUGAUUACCCGCCCCCCAUCUCUCCUUUUACUCAGCUUCAUUGCAUCAUGACCAAAGCACCUCUCUUGCUGCUAUGUGUUGCCCUGGUGCUAACUGGGCAUGUGCAUGGAGCCACACUGAGAAAUGAAGACAAGUGGAAGCCACUCAGCAACCCCAGAAAUCGUGAUCUGUUUUUCAGAAGCCUUCAGGCAUAUUUUAAGGGCAGAGGUCUUGAUCUUGGGAGGUUUCCAAAUACUUUCUCCAUGAACGAGAAUCCCAGACCUCUCUCUUUCCAGCCAGAACUGAUAGCUGCUGCGUUUGCAGACUAUGAAGAACAGAAAAAUUCCUUUCCCAAUUACCUCAAAGGCUGAAAGUUUCCUCUGAGCUCAGGAGUCAAGGCCAUUUUAAAACCACAGAAGCAGCUUCUCUUUAGAACUAUUCCACCAUGGUCAUGGCUAAACUUUUGCGUGUUAUUUCUCCUUCAUGCUUAUUAGUCAAUUUGUAAUGAUUUUAUUCUACAUGCCCAUAUUUAUAUAUAAAUAUUUGGACCUUUGUGAUGUAUGUGACUUAUGCGCAUAUUUUGGAGUGUUUUUUCCCUUCUAUUAUCAUAUUGAUGUAGGGCACUGCAUGUAUUUAUAGGACUUACAAAACAUGAAAAAAAAAAGACAUCAUAGGUUCAAAGAGAUAAUAAUCUUCCAAAUUAGAUAUUUUCCUUAAAAACUCACAGUCUUAGUUUCAUAUCAAAUGAGAGUACGUCGAAAUGGAAGCAAGCAGAUAUGGGAUUCUAGGAGGUACCAAGGUCUCUGGAAGAUGCUCUCAUGCUAAUAUAUUCGGAGACUGACAUUGUGUUAAAUCAAAUAUUCUAGCUACACUCAGUCUUCAGUCUGUGGAACACAACCUCCUCAAGAAGAGAGAGGAGAAACAGGAGGAUUUCUAUUCUUUUCCAACCAACCUCCUCUCCUCAUCAUAGUGUGUUCUAAAUUAUUCUAAUUCCCAUAUGCUCAUUUGGAAUGACUACCUGUGCUAUAUCAUUAUGGAUAGUUACAUCAUUUUCUCUGUGAUUCCUGCAAAAGAAACACUGUACUAGAAUAUGAACAUCAAUGUCCUAACAAUGUUAAUCUGUAUGUUCCAAAAUAGUUUUAGUGGGUUUUUGUGGAUUGU